CAGAUCAAUGACUUCUGUCUUGAUGAAAUAUCAAAAAAAAAUUACAAUAACAUUCGAUAUUUUGUAUCAUUAUUUCAGUUGAAUAACUGUUUAUAAUUAUUAAUCAUGAGUCACUCUAUGAGCAGUCCUCGGAAUAUUCAACUAGUGUUCGAGACUUAUGAGAAGGCGCGGUUGCUGUUCGUUCAGACAAUGGCUGAACUGGCCACUCGUGCCAGCAAUGUGAAAUGUUUGGAGAGUGCUGGAGUGUUGGAUUUCCUCCGUCCUCUGCUGUCGGACCCGUGCAGCACCGUGCGCCAGUGCGCCGUGGUGGCGGCCGCGAGACUCGCCGAACACGAGGAGGGUAUCGCCCGACAGUUGCUCAACAGCGGCAUGCUCACCGCCACUCUUGAGAACCUCAACAAAUUCAACGUUUACUACAAGCGGUCAGCUUUGUAUCUAAUGAGGGCGGUUGCAAAGCACAAUGAGGAAUUAGCGUCAGCCAUUGUCCGGCUCGGUGCGUUGGAACAUAUUGUUUCGUGUUUAGAAGAUUUCGAUACACAGGUGAAAGAAAAUGCAGCCUGGGCAUUAGGAUAUAUAGCGAAGCACAGCGAGCAUUUAGCUGGAUUGGUAGUUGACGCGGGGACGCUGCCCUUAUUAGUGUUGGCUUUUCAAGAACCCGAAAUCAGUUUAAAACAGAUUGCUGCUGGAGCGCUCGUGGAUUUGGCUCAGCACAAACCUGAAGCUGUAGUUGACGCGGGAGCCAUCUGCCACCUAGUGCGAGGUCUAGACAAUCAGGAUCCCAAGUUGAAGCGCAGCACCCUGUGCGCGCUCGGGGCGGUGGCCGGCGCGCGCGCGGAGCUGGCGGAGGCGACGGUGGCCGGCGGAGCGCUGCCGCCCGCGCUGCUGCACGCCGGCCACGACUCGGCGCCCGUGCGGCGCGCGGCGGCCUGUCUGCUGCGUGACAUUGUCAAACAUUCCGUUGAUUUAGCGCAGUUGGUGGUAAAUACGGGUGGCUGCGGGCCCCUAGUGGAGCUAUUGUCGGAAGGCGCGGGAGGCGCGCGCGUGCCGGCAUGCAUGGCUCUGGGCUACAUCGCCGGACAGUCGGACCAGCUGGCGAUGGCUGUUAUAGAAGCCAAGGCGGUGGUAGUACUGGUGAACAUACUGCAGAACAGCGACAGUGAGGACGCGGAGCUGUGCGCCGCCGCGUGGACGCUCGGCCACGUCGCCAAGCACUCGCCGCAGCACAGCCUCGCCGUCGCCGUGGCUAAUGCUCUGCCCAGACUGUUGCAACUAUACACAAAUCCAAAGUCAUCAAGUGAGGUCAGAGCCCGAGCAUCCUGUGCACUGAAGCAAUCCCUACAAUGCUGCUUACACCGACCUGCACUGGAGCCUUUGCUGCACGCUGCCCCAGCUUGUAUCCUCAAAUAUGUACUUGCACAAUAUGCCAAGAUAUUACCAAAUGAUGCCAGAGCUCGAAGACUAUUUGUAACUACAGGUGCACUUAAAAGAGUACAAGAAAUAGACACCGUCCCAGGGACAUCAUUGAAAGAAUAUAUUAACAUAAUAAACAGCUGUUUUCCUGAAGAAAUAGUACGGUACUAUUCUCCGGGUUAUUCAGAUUCAUUGCUUGAUAGAGUGGAGGCUUAUACACCUCAGAUUCCAGAACUAUUUACAGAUAGGGUGCCAAGUGACUGCAAGAGUGAACUAACGAUAGAAAACGAAAACUAAUUUUUUGAAGAUCUUUAUUUUAUUCAAUAAAUGUAAUUUUAUGUA